CAUCGUUGCUGCUGCAGAUGCAGCUCGUGCCGUGUGCCGCGGUUUCAGAUCUCGCUGCUCCCCUUCUCUCGUCCCAUCGCAGCGCAGCGCGGCGCGACGGGCUCGUUUCGGUCACUGUUUGGUCACGUCGAAUCUGCUUGCUCGCUCGCUCGCUCUUUCUCUCUCUCGCUCGCAGUGUUCACAUUCUGCAUCGCUGCUAGAUUCGCUACUAGACCUGAAUCGCCAGUCGCUAGUCGCCGACGUACAUUCUCUGUUCCGUGAGCUUGGUGAUGCAUGAAGGCAGAUACUGGUGUGGUGACUUAGUUACUCGGCAGGGUGCUCGCUGCAUAUCAUAAUCCGCGGAUCCCUCCGUGCGUUGCAAGGUGCCUUGCUGGGCUCUUCCGUCGUGUCCUCAAGGUUUUGUAAUGGGGAAGCCGAGCUCACCGAAGCUUGCCAGCUUGGACAAUGCAAGGAGGCGACGAAUAACUUGGAUUCUUGUUGUAUUAGGUCUUUGCUGCUUCUUCUACACUCUAGGCUCAUGGCAAAAUGGUGGAGGUUCUGUGGUUAGUGGGAAGAAUGCAGAUGGAACAGCUUGCGGUACUUCCGCCACUGCACUCGACUUUGGGGCUCACCACGGGACGGCUAGCACCACCAGCGAUGGUUCCACAAUCGAACAGUUCCCGCCUUGCGACAUGAAAUACAGCGAGGUCACUCCCUGUGAGGACCCAGAGCGUGCUCUCAAGUUCCCCAGGGACAGGCUGGAGUACCGCGAGCGCCAUUGUCCAACGAAAGACGAGCUUCUGAGAUGCCUCGUGCCAGCGCCUCCAGGGUAUAAGAACCCCUUCCCCUGGCCCAAGAGCCGGGACUAUGCAUGGUACGCCAACACUCCUCACAAAGAGUUGACAGUGGAGAAAGCCAUUCAGAAAUGGGUACAGUACCGAGGUGAGAAGCUUUACUUCCCCGGCGGUGGUACGUUUUCAGCUGGAGGUGCGGACAAGUACAUUGCCGACAUUGCUGCUCUCAUUCCAUUGGACAAUGGAUCCAUCCGCACUGCCCUCGAUACUGGUUGCGGGGUGGCGAGUUGGGGAGCCUACUUGUUGAAGAAGAACAUUCUUGCCAUGUCAUUUGCUCCAAGAGACACCCACGUAUCUCAAAUCCAGUUUGCUCUCGAGAGAGGAGUACCUGCCAUUCUUGGUAUUAUGGCAACUAUUCGGCUGCCCUAUCCUGCCCGGGCGUUUGACAUGGCACAUUGCUCACGAUGCCUUAUCCCAUGGGGUAAAAUGGACAACAUUUACCUAAUUGAGGUGGAUCGCGUGCUGAGACCUGGUGGAUACUGGAUUCUGUCUGGUCCUCCCAUAAACUGGAAGAAAUACCACAAGGGCUGGGAGCGAACGGAAGAAGAUUUGAAGGCAGAGCAGGACUCAAUUGAGGAUGGUGCUCGUCGACUGUGCUGGAAGAAGGUGGUCGAGAAAGACAACCUCGCUAUCUGGCAAAAGCCCCUCAACCACAUGGACUGCACGGCUUAUCAUAAGAAGAAUGCCAAUAUCUCCCCUCGUAUGUGCAGCAAGCAGGAGCACCCUGAUCAUGCAUGGUACCGCAAAUUGGAAGCGUGCAUCACUCCACUCCCGGAUGUGACGAGUAGAAGCGAAGUUGCUGGCGGCAAAUUGGCUAAAUUCCCUGCGCGUUCGACUGCCAUUCCCCCAAGGAUCAGUAGUGGAAGCGUUCCUUUCAUGACGGCGCAGAAGUUCAAGGAGGACACGAAGCUGUGGCAGAAGCGAAUCAAGUACUACAAAACCCAUCUGAUCCCCCCACUUACUAACGGUCGGUACAGGAACAUUAUGGACAUGAAUGCAGGACUCGGAGGUUUUGCCGCCGCUCUUGUCAAGGAGCCUGUGUGGGUCAUGAAUGCCAUGCCUCCGGAAGCUAAAGUUGACACUCUGGGCGUGAUCUUCGAGCGUGGUUUUAUUGGAACUUAUCAGAACUGGUGCGAGGCAUUCUCCACGUAUCCACGAACCUACGACCUGAUCCACGCAGACAAAGUUUUCAGCAUGUACCAAGACAGGUGUGAUAUUGUGUACGUGCUGUUGGAAAUGGACCGGAUCCUUCGACCGGAGGGGGCGGUGUUGAUACGCGACGAGGUGGAGAUCGUGAACAAGGUCAUGGUGAUCACGCAAGGCAUGCGGUGGGAGUGCCGGCUCGCCGACCACGAGGACGGCCCGUUCGUCAAGGAGAAGAUCUUAGUGUGUGUGAAGAAUUACUGGGUCGGUGAGAUCAAAGCUGCCAAUACCACAGCAUCGAUGGGUGCAUCAGACUGACACGAUUUUUGCAGGUUAUCAGGUGCUGUGGGGUUUGUGAGCAGCAGGAUUAGAAUCGCAGUCCAGGUUUUUGAUCGAUCAGGAACCAUGUUCAUGCCAAUUAGUCUUUUUCUUUUUUCCAUAUUGAUGAAAACUCAUUUUCCUUAUUCACAGAAUUUUUCUUUUUCUCUC